ACGCACUGUUCUUCUGCUACCCCAGGCGUCCCGAUUCGCGAAGCCACAACCGCCGCGCCGGCGCCGCAGAACCCUAAACCCCACCCGACCCAACCUCCCCUCCUCGCCGACAUGGCCGACUCCAGCGACCAGUCCCCCUACGGCGGCGAGGAGCGGUCUGAAGGCGGCGCCCGGCGCGUCUACACGCCGUACCAGCCGGAGGGCCUCGACCUCCCCUCGGUCCGCGCGCUCUACGACCUGCCGACCUCGCCGGAGCUCGUCUUCAGCGAGGAGCGCCGCGAGGCCCGCAGCUGGGGCGAGAACCUCACCUUCUACGCCGGGUGCGGCUACCUCGCCGGCUGCGCGUCGGGGGCCGCCGUGGGGCUCCGCCGCGCCGCGGCGCAGUCCGAGCGCGGCGAGUCCGCCAAGCUCCGCGCCAGCCGCGCGCUCACCCAGUGCGGCGCCGUGGGCCGCGCGUACGGGAACAGGCUCGGCAUCAUCGGGCUGCUCUUCGCGGGGGUCGAGAGCGGCAUGGCGGCGUUCCGCGACGCGGACGACUGGAAGAACACCGUCGCCGCGGGGCUGGGGGCUGGCCUGCUUUACCGCGCGGGGGCCGGGCCGCGGUCCGCGGUCUUCGGUUGCGUCGUCGGGGGACUGAUGACCGGCGCAGCCCUCGUGGCGAACCAAGCUCUCGAGAAAUACGUGCCUGAUCUGGCUUUAUAAACCGGAAUGCCUGACGUACUAGUAAGUUUCAAUCUACCGGAUUGAGUUCGGCAGUAGUAGUUAGGCUAGUUAAGGUAUUAUGCAUAUGGAAUCUGUAUAAAUUUCCAAGCUUUAUUGCUGAUGACUACAUUACUAGAGUGCAAUCUCUGUCCUGAAUUCGAUAAUGGUCAGUAUGUUGAUCUAGGGGUACCAAGAUCGUACUGGGAAUGAUCUUGAAGAUUCAAAUUUGAAUACUUUGAUGCUCUUAUAUAUCUAUAUGAAAUUAUGGCUUCCCUUGAAA